AAAGACCAUGAUGGUGAAAAUGAAGGGGAUAGAGGGCAAUCGCGAAGUGAGUAGACUAAACUUCCUAUGGCUGUCAUAUCUGUCCAGCUGACGAACUUCAUAUCACCAGGCUCGCACAAUCAAAUGUUGUAAAAAUAUGACUUAUCAGAAUGCUGAAUUACGAACUGGUGACCUCAGACGGAGACUUUACGUCCACGAAAGGGUUUCAGCUCCCACUUGUAUCACAGGCCCUUAUCAGCGACCGUCUUCAUGCAACGAAACUCUUAUCUUCCUCCUCUCUCUAACCACUUUGAUCUGCGAUCAUGACUUCCAAUACUUACAGUGCCGCUUUGCCUGAUCUUUACGAGGCUUCAAUCGCAGAACUCCAAGAUGGUCUAGUACAAGGACGGUUCAGUAGCGUUCAGCUUGUGAAAGCAUACCUGAGCAGAAUUGAAGAAGUUAACACUAAAGGUCCUGCAUUACAUGCAGUCAUAGAGACCAACCCGACAGCCUUAAAACAAGCUGUGGCUCUUGAUGAUGAACGUAAAGAAAAAGGCAGCCGUGGGCCAUUGCACGGAAUACCAUUGUUGUUGAAAGACAAUAUUGCUACGUUAUACGAAGAAGGAAUGAAUACUACUGCAGGUUCCUUCGCACUGCUGGGUUCUGUUGUUCCUCGUGACGCGUUUGUAGCAGCAAAAUUACGUGAGGCUGGAGCUAUAUUCAUAGGCAAAACAAACCUCUCCGAAUGGGCUGGUGCGAGGUCUGUUCCACUUCCUCGUGGAUUCUCGGGGCGUGGGGGGCAGACUCGUUGUCCGUACUAUCCAAACGCUGACCCAUUUGCUUCGAGUUCCGGAAGUGGUGUUGCGAUGGCUGUCGGUCUGGCAGCCGGGUCCCUUGGCACAGAAACUCGUGCCUCCAUCGUAGCCCCAAGUAGCAGGAAUAAUAUUGUGGGUAUCAAGCCUACUGUCGGGCUGGUAUCUCGCUCGGGCGUGGUACCUUACUCAUCUCAUCAGGAUACUCCUGGUCCGAUGUGUCGCUCUGUCACCGAUGCCGCCCUAUUGUUGAACUUCAUCGCUGGGCCUGAUCCUCGGGAUGGGGCAACCUUGCAUCAACCUGGAAUAGUCCCAGACUACAUGAAAGCACUUGACAAAAAUGCUCUCAAGGGCGCUCGUCUUGGAGUAGCUCGGAACUUUAUCCGCGAUAUGAAGGCUAUCGAGGAGACAUUCAACUCCUCUCUUGACAUUUUUCGAGCUUUAGGCGCGGAAAUCAUCGACCCUGCAGAUUUUUCAAACAGAGAGGAACUACUGACAUCACAAACAGAGAAGCUGGUGAUGACUACGGACUUCAAAGUUGAUAUCAGCAAGUACAUAUCGGAAUUGGUCGAAGUUCCUACAGGCGUCAAGACUCUCGCCGAUCUGAUAGAAUUCAACAAGAUCAAUGCAAACCUUGAACUUCCAGGACCAUUUUAUACAGAUCAGUCUCGAUUUAUGGAUGCGGAAGGGACACAGGUUGAUGAGGCAUACUUUGCAGCACUGGCUCGAAAUUUCGAGUUGGGACGCACGAGGGGAAUCGAUGCCACCCUAGCCAAGUUUAAUCUUGAUGCUAUAAUUAUACCCACCGAUGUACUGGAGCCCAAACCCACAGCAAUUGCGGGAUAUCCAUUGAUUUCAGUACCCCUUGGCUUUCAGCCAGAUGGGGUGGAAGUGCUGCCUGCGACGCCAUCUCCACUUCACAGUCAAGCUCCGGGAAUUCCUUUUGGAAUCGCUUUUAUGGGAACUGCAUAUAGCGAGUUCAAGCUUAUCAGUUACGCCUAUGCGUUUGAGCAGGCUACCCACGUGAGACUUCAGAGAAAGGCAUAUAACGAUGCGAUUCCGAGAAUGCAGUUGGCGGAUGUUAUGUGAAGGGGGAAAGAAUGACAGAGGGACAAGCACCUAUGCAAGUGACAAGUAGAAUGUUUGAAAGUCGGAAGGUGAGAGUUGUAUGGACAGUAUAGCACAUGUUUUGUAUAGUACUGAGAACUGGACAAGGAAAGAUAAACAGAAGUGGGGUGCCUUGGAUACAUUCUGAGUCCACAUUGAGAAGGUCCCCGCCGCCCAUUUCACAAUGCGCACAAGAAAC